AUUCGAAGGCGAAUGCCAGAGCCCAACGAUCCAAAUCAGAAAUCCCUUCUGGGCCCAUAAAGCGAACCUUGCACUGUGAUGCCCAAACCGUUAAUGAAAUUUUGAAGGAAAUGACCCAACCAUGGCUACCUCUUCUGACAGACAUUCCUUCUCCUCCUACUGCAGAGCCUUCCAAAUUUCCAUUCCCAGCAAAGGAAUCGCAGCAUGUUGGAUGUGUAGCACAGAAUCAGAGACAGUACGAUGGACCUUCAGAUACGUUGCCUCGUUCUCAGACAGCAAUCUCAAUGCUGCUCCAGGAAGACCUGCAAGUCAGUGACAGUGAAGACAGUGAUGACAACCAAGUUGCUGACAGUCCACUUGCUCCUCCAAGUCCCCAACAGUCCCAGCCCAAGACUGUGGCAUCACCACAUUCCAGCAGCUCUGAGUCAGAGAGCAGCAGUGACUCAGAGAGCAGCAGUGACUCAGAGAGCAGCAGUGGCUCAGACAGCUCUUCAGACUCAGAGACAAGCGGCAGUGAAGCCAAGGAACCUUCGAGAGCGUCGGUGCUAGAGCGAACCUUGCACUGUGAUGCCCAAACCGUUAAUGAAAUUUUGAAGGAAAUGACCCAACCAUGGCUACCUCUUCUGACAGACAUUCCUUCUCCUCCUACUGCAGAGCCUUCCAAAUUUCCAUUCCCAGCAAAGGAAUCGCAGCAUGUUGGAUGUGUAGCACAGAAUCAGAGACAGUACGAUGGACCUUCAGAUACGUUGCCUCGUUCUCAGACAGCAAUCUCAAUGCUGCUCCAGGAAGACCUGCAAGUCAGUGACAGUGAAGACAGUGAUGACAACCAAGUUGCUGACAGUCCACUUGCUCCUCCAAGUCCCCAACAGUCCCAGCCCAAGAUUGUGGCAUCACCACAUUCCAGCAGCUCUGAGUCAGAGAGCAGCAGUGACUCAGAGAGCACCAGUGGCUCAGACAGCUCUUCAGACUCAGAGACAAGCGGCAGUGAAGCCAAGGACCCUUCGAGAGUGUCGGCGCUAGAGGUGAACGCAGAUAAAAUGCAGAGGCUGCUUAAUACAGCCUCUUGCCUCAGCCUCCCUGCUGCCUGA